AAAAAGAUAAAACCAAAAUUAAGAGAACAACGAAAGAACAACUUUUCUUCAGUCUUCCUUCUCCAUUCGCUCAACAUUGAUGGGAACUUCGAUAAUUCUCCAUCAAUUCAUACAUCUCCAAGAAAUAAACUCAUUCGCUGCUAUAAAACCCUAAUUUUAAUUUGCAGGUUCCACUAAAAUUUCCCCCUUUUGGGGAUGUUUUGUAGUUCUUCAAUAGUUAGGGUUCUUGUAAAAAUUUAAAUUCCUUUUUCUUUCGAAUCACACCUCUAUAAUGGAUUCAUCUGGUGCUCGAACUCAGUCAUUUGGACAAACAGAGAUUAAUUGGGAUAAACUUGACAAGACGAAGUUCUAUGUUGUUGGUGCUGGACUUUUUACGGGGAUUACAGUGGCGCUAUAUCCUGUUUCUGUUGUAAAGACUAGGCUCCAGGUCGCUUCCAAGGAUAUUGCUGACAGGAAUGCAUUUGCAGUUGCCAAAGGCAUUUUGAAAGCCGAUGGAGUGCCUGGUUUGUACAGAGGUUUUGGCACAGUCAUCACUGGCGCAAUUCCAGCCAGGAUUAUAUUCCUAACUACUUUGGAGACUACAAAGGUGGCAACUUUCCGAAUGGUUGAACCACUUAAAUUGUCUGAACCAUCGCAAGCAGCCAUAGCAAAUGGGAUUGCUGGCAUGAUGGGAUCACUUUGUGCCCAGGCGGUCUUUGUUCCAGUUGACGUGGUUAGCCAAAAGUUGAUGGUACAGGGAUAUUCUGGCUAUGCAACAUAUAAUGGCGGCGUUGAUGUUGUGCGUAAGGUAAUUAAGGCUGAUGGUGUUCGAGGGCUAUAUAGGGGGUUUGGUCUAUCAGUGAUCACAUAUUCUCCUUCAAGUGCCGUAUGGUGGGCCAGCUAUGGAUCUAGUCAACGUUUGUUCUGGAGGAUUUUAGGACACGGGGCUGAGCAGAAAGAAGCUCCAAGUCUAGGGGAAAUUGUUGGUGUUCAAGCUGCCGGGGGUGUUGUUGCUGGUGCCACGGCUUCGUGCAUUACAACUCCCUUAGAUACCAUCAAGACUCGCUUGCAGGUCCAGGUAAUGGGAGAUGAAAACAGACAAAAUGCAGUUCGAGUAGUAAAAAAAUUAGUCGCAGAUGAAGGUUGGAAAGGUCUAUAUCGAGGAUUAGGUCCAAGAUUUUUUAGCAUGUCAGCUUGGGGAACCUCCAUGAUACUGGCUUACGAAUAUCUCAAGCGAUUGUGCGCGAAGGAGGAAUAGGUGUACAUGACGAAACAUUUCCUGACCAUUUGAUCUAUCAUGAACGAUCUAGUUUUACUCAAAAUGGCUAGAAGUUUUACUCAUUUUUGGCCAUGUAUUCUUUGGGCAUUCUUUUAUUAAUUGCCAUCCACAACUAUCGAAACGUUUUGCGACUUGGUUCGAUGACUUGAGUAUUCAGCUUCCGAUAAUCUAGCAACGAUUCAUCAUUUAUGCUUUACGGAUCCCAUUAGUAAAUGAUUUUGUAAUUGACAAUAGCAAUAACAUUUCAUUACUCAAAUGUCAUUAAGAGGGUUCCUCUUAUACGAAGUUUGGAAAGUCGGAUACGCUCAACUGCAUCCUGAGUAUAACAAAGAGGUUGUUUCUGAUAUUAGGAAGUUGCGGGACAAUUGCCAACUACUAUGUAUAUCAAUUGUUACGUAUAGUUUCUUUGUACUUUCCAAGCUUCGAUGUGAGGAAGAUGACUUCCGUUUUUGGUAUACAUUCCUUCCCUUUUGGGAUUGAUUAAAAAUGAAUAUAUGGAAAUAUAAAACACUUGUUUUA